AAAUGUCGGAAUUUGAAUCCUUGAAAUCUCAGCAGCUCCAUUUUCGCUGUGGAGGUCGAGGGGAAUCAUGGGAGUUUCUAAGAGAGAAUCGGCUAUGGCGGAAGAAACCGUAGAAUCACAAGAUCUAUUGCCUCAGAAGAUAGCUAAGAUCCUCGACGAAGCACGGUCAUCAAACGCCACCCACAACCGCAAGCUCAAGGAGCUAUGUGCUCUACGUUCGAAAUCCAAGUCUCCUUUCGAGUUCUUUACUGCCUUUUCCAAAACCCUGAUCCCUCUCUUCAACUUCCACCGCAGAAUCGCUUCUGCCGAGCGCGUUAUCCGUUUCAUUUCUCUUUUUGCCACUUCUAAAGACCCCAAAUUCGCUUCACUUUCUGAUGAUUUCUUGGAGGAAUUUCUGCAAUUUCUUCUCGUUGCAUCAUGCGCUGCAAAUAAGUCUGCCAGGUUCCGUGCAUGCCAGAUUGUUUCUGAGAUCAUCAUGCGGCUACCAGAUGAUGCAGAAGUCAGCAAUGAAGUCUGGGAUAGAGUUAUCGACCACAUGAAGCUGCGGGUGCAGGACAAGGUUCCUUUAAUACGUAUGUUUGCAGUUCGUGCUCUUUCACGUUUUGCGAAUGAUAGUGAAAACGGUGACAUCCUCAAUUUAUUUCUUGAGGUGAUUACUAUGGAACAAAAUGCGGAGGUCCGAAAGACAAUAUUACUGUCAUUUCCACCUUCUAAUGCCACUUUGCAAGUGAUAAUCGAUUGCACCUUGGAUGUGAGCGAGUCUGUUCGCAAAGCAGCAUAUUGUGUAUUAGCUAAUAAAUUUCCACUUCAAAGUCUUAGCAUCAAACAAAGAACGAUAAUUUUACAGAGAGGACUUGCCGAUCGUUCUCAAGCUGUUUCAAAGGAGUGUUUAAAAUUAAUGACAGAUGAGUGGCUUAAUAAAUGCUGCCAUGGGAAUCCUGUAGAAUUGCUAGAGUAUCUUGAUGUUGAAACCUAUGAACGAGUUGGUGAAUCUGUUAUGGGGGCUUUCUUAGGAGCUAGUUUGUUGAAACUGCAUGACGAUGAAAGUAUCCAGCAUUAUAUACUAACUUCUAGCGGCGCGACAGAAGGAGACUCACUACAUUGCAGUCCAAGUAUUCAACUAAUGGAACCGGAAGUUUCUCUUUACUGGAGAACCAUUUGUAAGCAUAUCCUAACAGAAGCACUCGCAAAAGGUUCUGAUGCUGCAGCUUCUAUGGGUGCUGAAGCUGCAGUCUAUGCAGCCGAAGCUUCCGAUAAAAAUGACCUUUUAGAGAGAAUUCUUCCUGCCACAAUUUCUGAUUAUGUAGGCUUGGUCAAAGCUCAUAUUAAUGCUGGGUCCAGCUAUCGAUUUGCAUCAAGGCAGCUACUUUUGCUUGGAACAAUGCUUGAUUUUUCUGAUAAUGCAAAUAGGAAGAUUGCUGGUGCAUUUCUGCAGGAAGUGUUGCAUAUGUCUCCAGAUCAUGAAUUGGACGAUGAUGGGAACUUGGUUGUUCUUGGGGAUGGAAUCAAUCUUGGAGGGGAUAAAGAUUGGGCAGUUGCUGUCUCUGGGUUGGUUAAGAAAGUCCAUGCUGCUGCUGGUGAAUUUGAAGAAAUUGUUCUUGAGGUGAUUGAAGAACUUGCUCGACCAUGCAGAGAGAGAACUGCAAAUUGUGUGCAAUGGAUGCAUUGUCUUGCUGUGACAAGUCUUCUCCUGGAAAACGUGAAAUCAUUGAAUUUUAUUAAUGGAAAAGUCAGAGGACCUGCUCAACUACUGGAGUCGAUAUUGCUUCCAGGGGCAAAACAAGUUCAUUUAGAUGUUCAGAGAAUCAGUAUCCGCUGUCUUGGCCUGUAUGGAUUGCUAGAUAAAAGACCAAAUGAGAAAGUUCUUAAACAGUUGAGGCAUUCCUUCAUUAAGGGGCUGCCCCCAAUUAGCAUAAUGGCCUGCAAGGCAUUAUUUGAUCUUGUAUUGUGGCAUGAUCCCCAGGAGGUUGACAAGGCUCUGGGACAAGAUCACAUCCUCCAGUCUUCAUUUGAUAAGACAUCUUUUAGUCCUAUAAACUUAUCUGAAGCAGCAGAUGAAGAUUGGACUAUGGGAUCACUUGAUCUUUUAUAUGCUGGACUUGACAAUGAUGAGAGGUACAGCUCUUCAGCAACCAAUGAAAUCGAGUCCGUUCAAACCGUUGUUACUGAGGGAUUUGCAAAGAUUCUUCUGCUGAGUGAAAACUAUCCAAGCAUACCAGCAUCUCUACAUCCUCCACUCUUAAACAAGCUUGUGAACAUUUAUUUUUCAAGCGAGAAAGAUCUUGAGAGGUUGAAACAAUGCCUUUCUGUAUUCUUUGAGCAUUAUCCAUCCCUCACAGUUUCUCACAAGAGAUGGAUAUCUGAGGCUUUUGUCCCAGUUAUGCGUUCAAUGUGGCCAGGCAUGAACGGAAAUGUUGGAGGUUCUGCAGUUGAGGUAGGGAAUAUGCGUAAACAUGCAGUCCAAGCAUCACGUUUUAUGCUGCAAAUGAUGCAGGCUCCUUUAUAUGCAAAUGAUACUGAAAGGAAGGAAGAAGAUGGAUGCUUGGGAAAUCAGGAAGCCACGGGUAGUAUUGGAGAACCUCCUCUUGAGUGCAGUGAAGAGGGGCUUGCCAUUCGAAUAGCUACGGAGGUUGCAAGCUUCCAUGGAAAGAAGACGCCUGCACAAAAGUCAUAUGUUUCUGCUUUAUGCCGGGUUCUUGUGUUGCUUCAUUUUCGCCCAUCAGAACAAUGUGCUAUAAGGCUAAUGAGAAGACUACUAUGUUAUGUGGUUGAAACUACGUCAUGGGAUAAGGAUCUUGUCAAGGAGUUAAAGCGGAUGGGAGAGCAUCUCACAGCAAUUGACAAACAACCAGAUCUUGAAGUGACGCAAGAUCAAGCUCAUCUAAUUUUAGAUCAACUAAAACUGGAGUUCAAUUUGGAAGCUGAAAUUCCACAAACACCAGUCCCAUGUUCAACCAAACCUACACGUUCCCGGAGACGAGUGAAACACGAGUCUUCAUCUUCUGAUGAAGCUAUGUCACCCACCUCUGUUCCCAACUUUGUUGGGACAAUCAGUACACGCUCACAGAGGGCUAGCAAAACUGUGGCAUUGACUAGAAUUACGAAUAGUGUACUUAAGACCAAUAACGUAGUUGAUGAGGAAGAUGCAUACGAAGAUUUAGAUUCAGAUGAUGAUGAAGAUGAUGAAGAUUCAGAUUCAGAUGUGACAGAGAAUUAAUUAAUCCUCGUUACCAUGAUAGUUUUCUCCAAUGUUGUACGUAAGAUGUAUGAUUGGAUUAUGUGUUGGCAUCUGUUUUAUUGUACAUAGAUGUGCUUCAACUGUGCAUGUUAUAUCCUACAGCUGUAGCAAGUUACAAGAUUCUGCUUGGUUUGUAAAAUGAAAGUAUAAUUUAAUUGAAUCUUAUGAGUA